CUGCGUGCUGCAGUCGGCCUGCCCUGUCUGCCUCUGAGCCUGCUGGGAGUUGGAGGGAGAAACCGUCGAGGGAGAGAACGAGCAAAGGGGGGGAAGUGUGUGUGAGUGUGUGAGUGUGUGUGCGGCUCCCAAACUGGAAAAACCAACACUAAAACACACGCACACGCGCAACAUUCAGGCCGACUUUGAAGCCUUUUCGGACGGAUUGUCGGGACAACUUUACAGAGAGCUGUGAAAACACGCAAAGGAGAGCCUGAAAACUUGCGUGAUUGUGUGUUUUUUUUUCUUUCUGCUGUUGCUCCGCGCCGCUUGCUCUCAUACUGAGCGGAUCCGUGUGUUGGAGCAGGAUUGCGCAUUGGCUCUCCAAACAGAAAGAAGAGGAACAAUGAAGAAGUAAACCUUUUCUUUUUUUGCUUUUUUUUUUUUUUUGCGUGUGUGCAGAGUUAUAACCAAAGUGUCAUUUAGUCUCGCGUUUCUUCUCCGUCCUCUCGCGGUGAUUUCCCCCUCGUCCUGUGCGGGAUGCGUCGGCUGCUGUAGGAUCCGCUUGUUGACGACUAACAAAAAAAAAAAAGAAGUUUACAACAAGAGUGGGACACGAAGAGGCAGAAAAUGUCCUCACCGAGGUUUAAAAAGGAUAAAGAAAUCAUCGCGGACUACGAGAGCCAAGUGAAAGAGAUCCGUGCCCAGUUGGUGGAGCAGCAGAAAUGCCUGGACCAGCAGACGGAUAUGAGGGUCCAGCUCCUGCAGGACCUGCAGGACUUCUUCAGGAAGAAGGCCGAGAUCGAGAUGGAGUACUCGAGGAACCUGGAGAAGCUGGCCGAGCGCUUCAUGGCCAAGACUCGCAGCACUAAGGACCACCAGCAGUACAAGAAAGACCAGAACCUUCUGUCCCCGGUCAACUGUUGGUACCUGCUGCUGAACCAGGUGAGGAGGGAGAGCAAGGACCACGCCACGCUGAGCGACAUCUACCUCAACAACGUCAUCAUGAGGUUCAUGCAGAUCAGUGAGGACUCCACACGGCUCCUCAAGAAGAGUAAGGAAAUCGCCUUUCAGCUGCAGGAAGACUUAAUGAAGGUCCUCAACGAGCUGUACACAGUAAUGAAGACGUACCACAUGUACCACUCGGAGAGCAUCAGCGCAGAGAGCAAGCUGAAGGAGGCCGAGAAGCAGGAGGAGAAGCAGAUCGGCAGGGGAGACCCCGUCUUCAGCAUCCGCAUGGAGGACAAAUACCAGAGACGCAGCUCGGUGAAGAAGAUCGAGAAGAUGAAGGAGAAGCGUCAAGCCAAGUACUCCGAGAACAAGCUGAAGUCCAUCAAAGCGAGGAACGAGUACCUGCUGACCCUGGAGGCGUCAAACUCCUCUGUGUUCAAAUACUACAUCCACGACCUGUCCGACCUGACAGAUUGCUGUGAUUUGGGAUACCAUGCCAGUCUGAACCGCGCCCUGAGGACCUACCUGUCGGCAGAAUACAACCUGGAGACGUCCCGACACGAGGGUCUGGACAUCAUCGAGAACGCCGUGGACAGUCUGGACCCCCGCAGUGACCGGCAGAGGUUCAUGGAGAUGUACCCGACAGCUUUCUGCCCACCGGCCAAGUUUGAGUUCCAGCCUCACAUGGGAGACGAGGUGUGCCAGAUCUCCGUGCAGCCGCCUGUGAACGGAGAGCUCAUCCUCAGGUUCCAGCAGCUUCAGUCCCGUCUGGCGACUCUGAAGAUUGAGAAUGAGGAGAUCAAAAAGACGUCAGAGGCCACCCUGACCACCAUCCAGGACAUGGUGACCAUUGAAGACUACGACGUGUCCGAGUCUUUCCACCACAGCCGGUCCACAGAGUCGGUUAAGUCCACCGUGUCGGAGACGUACCUCAGCAAGCCGAGCAUCGCCAAGAGGAGGGCCAACCAGCAGGAGACGGAGCAGUUCUACUUCAUGAAAUUCCGGGAGUUCCUGGAGGGCAGUAACCUCAUCUCCAAACUGCAGGCCAAACAUGACGUGCUGAAGAGGACGCUGGGUGAAGGCCACAGAGCCGACUACAUGACCACAAGACAUCCUCAUGGGACGUUCAAAACGGGCACGCGGCGGGCUCGACCCCGCUCCGUUUUUAAUGUUAGGUUAUUUAAUGGCAAUCUGGAGUCAUUCAUAAAGGACUCUGGACAGGCGAUCCCACGCGUGGUCGAGAGCUGCAUUCGCUUCAUCAAUCUCUACGGCCUGCAGCAUCAAGGAAUCUUUCGUGUGUCUGGAUCCCAGCUGGAGGUCAACGACAUCAAGAACUCAUUUGAAAGAGGAAACGACCCUCUGACGGACGAGGAGAAUAAUCACGACAUCAACUCGGUGGCCGGCGUUCUCAAACUUUACUUCCGAGGUUUGGAGAAUCCUCUGUUCCCCAAAGAGAGGUUCAACGACCUGCUGGCCUGCAUCAGAAUAGAAAACCUGUACGAGCGAGCACUGUACAUCCGCAAGAUCCUCCUGACCAUCCCCAGAUCUGUCCUCGUAGUCAUGCGCUACCUCUUCGCCUUCCUCAACCAUCUGUCCCAGUACAGCGACGAGAACAUGAUGGACCCGUACAAUCUGGCCAUUUGCUUCGGCCCCACGCUCAUGCCCACACCGGACAGCCAGGACCAGGUCUCCUGCCAGGCUCACGUCAACGAGAUCGUCAAGACCAUCAUCAUCCACCACGAGACCAUCUUCCCCGACACCAAAGAGCUGGACGGGCCCGUCUAUGAGAAGUGUAUGGCUGGAGGAGACUACUGUGAGAGUCCCUACAGCGAGCAUGGAGUCCUGGAGGAGGUGGACAACGAGGGAGGGACAGAGACGCACACCAGCGAGGACGAGGGUGAGCCCAUUGAAGCCAUUGCCAAGUUUGACUACGUCGGACGCUCUUCCCGAGAGUUGUCCUUCAAGAAGGGCGCCUCCCUGCUUCUGUACCAGCGGGCGUCGGAGGACUGGUGGGAGGGACGGCACAACGGCAUCGAUGGCCUGGUGCCACACCAGUACAUCGUGGUCCAAGACAUAGACGACAACUUCUCCGACACUCUGAGUCAGAAGGCUGACAGCGAGGCCAGCAGCGGGCACGCCGGCGACGAGAAAUGCUCGGGGAAAGACCUCGGCUCGCCCACUGACCCCAGGAUCUCUGAGGCCUACAUCUCCAGGCACAGGAAAAGAUCAGACCCACCAUCGCGGCGCCCCCCCGCCCGCCCCAGUGAUGUGCACUGCAUGGUGCAUCCCUCUCAUGGAGGACACGGGGGCACGCCAGAGAUGGGCUCCCCUGUCCUGGGCCACUUCAGUCCACGGGACAUGCUGCGGAGUCGCAACCACAUGCCCAUGGACAGCCCUGAGCGUCGGCGCCGCACGGGCCACGGCAGCCUUUCCAACAUCAGCCGCCACGAGUCGCUAAAGAAGAUGGAGAGCCCCCCGAUCCGCCGCUCUACCUCUUCGGGCCAGUAUCCAUCCUUCAACGACACCCACCACCAUCACCACCACCACGGCGGCAAGCCCCUCGACCCGGAGACCAUCGCACAGGACAUAGAGGAGACGAUGAACACCGCUCUGAAUGAGCUGCGUGAACUGGAGCGGCAGAGCUCAGCCAAGCACGCCCCUGACGUGGUGCUGGACACCCUGGAGCAGCGGCAGACGUCCGGCAGCAGCGGCGGGGGUCCCACGCCCGCCAGCUCCAGCGAGUCCCUCAGCCCCAUCCACGGCGUCAUGCUGAGGUCCACCGCCAACACCGAGCCGCCCAUCCGCCGCAGCACCAGCUCCUCCAGCGAUACCAUGAGCACCUUCAAGCCUGCUGUGGCGCCCCGCAUGGGUGUGCAGCUCAAACCCCCCGCCUUGAGGCCCAAGCCCAUGGUGCUGCCCAAGUCCAGCCAGGCCUCGCAGCCUCAUCCCACAUCUCCUCAGGACCCUCUGGACAAGUCCUGCACUAUGUGACCUGUAAGACAAAGACUCUCCAACAACGUCCAGUCGGCUGCACAGUGCUUCCAUUUUUUUUUGAUAGACCUACGACGAAUGAGAUCUCAGAGAGUGUAUAAAAACACAUGGACAGGAGGACAUGAUCACAAACUCUGCUAUGAGAGACUGAUGCAGGAGUUACAGUGAGAGAGAGGGGGGUCAGUCGGACAAAUCUUCUGUCUCAUUGAUGCAGAGUAAAACUUCAAGUAAAAGCCCAUCCCGAUUAAAGACCCGCUCCUUUUUCAGCAGCCUGGUGUAGAUGCAUGAUUUAACAAACAAAGGCAGCUCUCACUCAGAGGCUCCUCUGAGUUUAGUGCUGAUUAGUUCACUGGACCAAAAAUAAAGAGGAGGAAGCAGCGAGACACUUUAACAUCUGUCUGAGAAAGACGGAAUAAUACAAGUAUGUGAACAAGUGUGAGGAGAUUAAAGCUCAGCUGGAGAGUGUGAGCACGGCCUCUCAGAGUCUCCUGCAUGAUGAUCUUUUUAAAGAACUUCAGUGAGCGACAGCAGGGGAGGGGACCACUCUGCUGCUUGUGCUGGCUUUCGAGAUGGAAAUAAAUGUUCUUUACAUCCCUCAUAUGAAAUGUUAAAGCAUUCUGAUGUGUUCACACAGCUCCACAGGUCAGCGCAGCACUCGAUAGGGGUCUCUCUCUCUCUCCCUCUCUCUCUCUCUCUCUCUCAUAGUGCAGCAGCUUGACAGAGAUGGGCCGUCUUACAAAACAUCAAAGAAUAAUUUAGUUUGUUUGUCGAUAUCACAGAUUAGUUUAGGAGUAAG